AUGGGAACAACCUUUUCUCGUUUAAAACAGACACAGUCAAAACAACCGUUACCGUCAGUUAUCAUUGAACGUCAUUGUUUUUACAAUGAAAGCACAGCAAAAGCACCUUCAAUAAUAUUUGAUUACCCAUCCUUUUUGAGAGAAUUGAAGUUUUCGGAUCUAUAUAAUGGAGUAUCUGAAUGGUUCUCCAACGUUAUAGGUAACUUUGUUGACGAACAACAAGCAACCUUCCUAAAGGUCUUAAUCACGGAACAAUUAUUUAAAUUAUUCAUGAGUAAUUGCACGAACUUUGACCUACUUUCAUUAUCAGAUAUACCUUAUGAAAUAUCUAUGCCAUUGUUACCAUUUUUAUCCGGAAUCGGUACAUGUUUCACUCGAUUAAAAACAUUUCACUGCGUUAGCAAGCAUAGAAAUAAGAGUGGGAUCUUUCGAGCAAUCUCUCAGGUAUCAGAAUUCAUUGAAACAUUUGUGAUCGGAGGCGUUGAUUCCGACAUGGAAGUUAAAGCUUUGGGAGUUUUGAUCAGAGCUCAAAAGAGGUUAAAAACUUUUAAAUACACGUGGGAUUAUCAAACAAAAUUUCAGGUCGUAUUGUCCGAAACUCUCUGUGCUCUUAAAUCACAAGCGAAAACUUUAACAACGAUUCAAUUCGAGUAUUGUAAUUUCAUGCCUUGUGAAUCUAUGGAAGCCUUGGCGGCCUUUGAGAAUUUGGAAUACUUGAAGUUUAUUCAUUGCAUAUAUAUAGGUGAUAAAAUGAAUUCUUUAACUUUGGCGAAAUUUUCAAAUUUAAAACUCCUUGGAUUUUAUACUAAUCAUAUCGAAUCACCUCGAUAUUGGGUAUGUCCUGACGAUGUAGCGGCAUUGAUCGAAAAUUGCCAUAAUAGUUUAGAAAAUGUUAUGUUACCUAAAUCAACUAGCUGUAUAGAAUCUUCCUACAGAUUAGUAAAAGCACUUAGACUAUGUCGAAAUAUUAAAGAUUUAAAAAUACAAAUGGAAGAAGGAGAUACCAAAGAUCUCUUGGAAUUGCUUAAAGCUUAG